CCUCCCGUCCCGUCUACACAACACAACACAACUACACUACAACUACGUGUUCCUGCUGCUGCUCACGCUCGCGCUGUCCGCCAUCGUGGGCGCCGCGUGCGCGCUGUACCACGUGCGCGAGGUGCUGAUCGCGGGCGGCGUCACGUUCGCGAUCGUGCUGGCGCUGACGCUGUUCGCGUUCCAGACCAGGAUCGACUUCACCAUGAUGAGCGGCUCGCUGCUCGUGCUGUGCCUCGUGCUGCUGCUGUUCGGUGUGCUGGCGGCCGUGACGCCGUACCCGGGCCUGCACCAGCUGUACUGCGCGCUGGGCGUGCUGGUGAUGGGCGUGUUCCUGGUGUACGACACGCAGCUGAUCGUGGGCGGCGACCACCGCUUCGCCUUCUCGCCCGAGGAGUACGUGUUCGCGGCGCUCGCGCUCUACCUCGACAUCAUGUACAUCUUCCUGCGCGUGCUGCGCCUGCUGCGCUAGCCUCACUAGGCACUCACACCGCACUCACUCCGCGGCUGAACACUUGGAAGCGACGCGGCUUGCAGACGGCCGCGGCCUCACCGGAUAAAACGGUCUGCUACACAUUCUUUCCAACUACUCGUACUUACCCAGAAAUGUAUCCCGUAGCUCUUUAAAAAUACUUUUGAUAAAGUGUGCUGUGCAUACUGAAUACACAUGCACCACUAUUUUGACAUCUUAUUUAGUUAGUACGUUUGCAUAAACAAGUCACUAACGAGAUAUAUAAUUAUACUUAUGGCUCAAAAAAAAGGUUAGACAUAUUUCCACGGCUCGUUGAUCGAGUACAUGGCUCUCAGUCGGACGCUCAAUGGAUACACCUGCAUAGACCGGGCCCUUAUGAAUUGAUAUCAUUGUCGUCUUAUUUAUUGUAUAUCCAUUUAUUUGUCGUUUUACUUUCUGAAAACUUGGUUCAAGUUUUAUAAUAACUUUAUUUUAAAGUUAUAUUUUUGUUUAGGAAUGGUGGGAUAUGGUUUUCCAUUUGCAUUGACGCUGAGUUAGUAUAUUCUGUGUCCUAUAAUAGCUUGUGCUCGUAGUUAGAGGAGGCGCAGUGCGCGGUGCAGUCGGUGCACCCGCCACCCGCGCGUGGCGACCUACACACACUGUCGGCCGGCGUCAGCGUCACUGAACUUCGGCUCAUCUAACUAACCACUACUCCGUUCAGGUAUUUUUUACGUAUAAGGUGAACAAUUAAACAUUAAUUAUUUUAAUUACUCAAAAUGUUGUAUUUACAUUUAUGAGGAAUAUAGAUCUCUUUUCGUGGGAAUUCCAAAAAUGACUGUAUGCAUGCGUUAUUAGUGCCUAAUCUCAAAAUCUAUGCUUAUUCGUUAUUUUUUUUUUAAUUAGUUUUAAAAUUAUAAUGUAUAAGUUUACACACUUACCUACUACACGAUUCGAAUGGCCAGUGAUCUCAGGAUACUCACAUUUUAUUUUUAAAUGAAAACUAACUCGACACUUUUGAUGAUUGAAGAAACCUUAAUUUUAUUUGUAUCGUAAUAUUAUUUCUAGUCGGACUAUUGGUGCCAAAAGUGGAGAAAUUAUAAGAAUGAGUUAAGGAGAAAGUAGGAGCCGGCUUAGUGAGCGAGCACCGAAUCCUGUGGAAUACGGGCAUGUGCCUCGCUCCCUGCAGGGAGAGCUAGUGUAAGAUAAGAGUGUGCUGCUGCACAGAAGGCUGCGUGGGUCGGAUGUGCUGGCGGCCUGCGUGUGUGCGCCAUGCAUGCCGGUCACUGUACUGUACGACCACCACUUCUAUUCAGGCCGGUCAAAGUGCCAGUGCAGUGGCUCGGUGCUCAGUUAACAUAUUAUCUCUAUUUUGAUAUGUCUUAUGAUUUUUAUGAAAUUGCAUUUACAGUAUAUUUUAAGAUUUGCUUCUUAUUUGUUUACACGUUUUUUAGUUAUUUUAUAAAGAUAUAAUUUCAUUUAAGAAAUAGCACUGUUAUUUUUGCUAUGGGUACCUCCUAAGUGAUGCCUCUAGGGACUUAGUAGGUAUACUAUACCUACUUAUACAAGUAUAUUUUUAUUGAAAUCUGAAAUAAAUAUUGUGAUUAAGACUACGAACAAAAACUAGUUAGUUUGAACAUGAAUAUAAAAACGUCACCCCUUUCCAAAUGUAUAGUCGUUAGUCACUUAUUUUUAAGACGUAAUUCGUACGAACGCGUUUCAUCAUUUGAUAAGGACAAAGUAUUUUGAGAAAGCUUUAUUCGGUGGCGAUCCUACUGUAUGAGUGCUGUAGGAUUGUGUUUGAAGCCUUCAGCGUCCGCUCGAAUUACUCCUUCGACGACUCUCUGCAGAUGACGUGUGGUACGUAUUAUGUAUGUGUUAUCGUGUAUAUCUAAUUAUGUAUCCCAUGUUUCAAAUAUACAAUAUCAUAUGAAAUAAAAUGAAAUGAAAUGAAAUUUAUUUGAUAACAGAUCGUUACAUGUCAGUACUAAAUAGUAUAUUAUGUUAUUAUUGUGUAUUAAACUCAAAUAUAUUUUGUAUACAGAUG